CUUCGAUGCAGUCGUGGCUACCGAUCAUUGAGGAACAAAUGGUGUAGAGUGAAGAGAAAACACGUUUAAAUAGCUGUACUUGUUGCAAAGCAUGUGAAUAUAUCUUGGAGAUAAACAUUCAGAUUAUCCGCGGGUAGUGAGUAAAGACGUUGACAUCAAACGCCGCCUCCCGCUCAACCAUCAACUGCUGCCCUUUACAGAAUCUUGUAAACACCAUUUAAACAAUGUGUGACCCGCGUGACGUCUGUUAAGCUUCAAUCAACGGAUUGGAAUGUUAAGUGAUAUCCCCGAUCAAUUUUUCUCAACCGCGGGGAAUUGAAAAAGGAAGAACAGCUGAUUAACGGACGGAAAUUUUGCGAUGCUGUGCUGCUUUGUAUCUGAACGAUAAGGAUAGUUUCUUAUAACGACAGGCUGCAUCGUUUGAGCGUACAGAGAAGGAUACAAAACCUCGCCAACAGAGACGUUGCCUUCUUUGUCAACACUUAACCAAAGCCGCCGACCGUAUAAGGCUGCCUAUCACCUAGUUAAAGGCUACUAUGAGCUCCGCACAUGAUUCGGACAGAACGAUACUGCCUAGUGAAGAUUAUCUGCAGUUCUAACGGGGUCUAAUAUGCCAGUCAUAUCAACGUACUCGUCUAGUGGCAGUAGUUAUAUCUCGUCGUCCACCAGCCGUUAUCCCAAGUCUAGCUACUCUGAUCGGAAGUAUUAUCCUUCACUCUCGAGUGGCAUCAAUACAAGCAGCACCAGCAGUGGAUUGUACCGAAAGGGGUCAUACCGCUAUGAUCUGCCGCUCACGUCGUCCUCAUCAUCAUCGGUCUAUCGUCGAGAGGAUCGGGAAAGCAACAGUACCCAUCGCACUCUCAGUGGCACUGCGGACAUAGCUUCCAGCGGUAGUAGCAAAAACAAUACGAGCACAUCCGGCCGUUACUCGUCUGUCUACGGAGGUUACAGUUCACUUGGCAGUUCGUCAUUGUCGCGAGACUUUUCACAUAAUCGAUCGAGCCUCAAAGCCUCAAACAACAACAGUUACGUCUCGAAUUUACGACACACAGCACUCUGUGGUGCAGAGCUUUACGAGCGAUACAGUCUAUCGACCUUCAAGCCUGGUCCUAGUAUCGUCGAUCGGGCAACUCAGGCCGCCACAGCAGCCACUAACAAUACCAGCAGCAGUGGUAUUGCAUCUUUGAAGGGAUCAUCCCCGAUUGUUUCCUCGCUGGAACCAAGUGGAAACAACACCAGCAGUACCAGUGGCAAAUCCAGCGGUAAUAAGUUACAGAGUGGUGUAGGCACGAAAGAAUUAAGUUCUUCGGGAAGCUAUCGAGCCAGUAAAGAUUAUGACUUAUCGUAUCGUCUUUCCUCACCUUCCACGGGUGCGUCGUCGCUGCCAAAGUCAAGCUAUAACUCCAGUUACGACGUAACAGAUUCCGUUCGUGGUCGAAAAGAAGGUCUAUGCGGCUUGUGGAAUAUCGGCAAUACGUGUUUCAUGAACUCCAUAAUUCAGUGUCUAAGUCACACACGUGAGCUGACAGCUUUCCUGCGCCUUCAACCAUCUACCGAGCGUGGCACUAGCAAAGAUCAACGUAUUCUUGUUGAGUACACCAAGUUGAUCAAAGAUAUGUGGAGUGGAACACAGCGCAGCGUAAAUCCGUCAGAGCUCAAGUACGCCUUCUCUAGCAAGCACCGAAUGUAUUCCGGAUCAGCGCAACAAGACGCGCAGGAGUUUUUACGUUUCUUCUUAGAUUCCCUGCAUGGUGCACUUAAUGUAGCCGUGAAGCGCGAUCCGCUUGGUGAACUUGAUGAUGACAUGAAUAAUCGUGUUAAGGCGGAUAUGCUUUGGGAUUGGUACUCGAAGGCGGAAAACUCUAUGAUAAAGGAUCUUUUCGUUGGACAAUUACGCAGCACACUGAAAUGCACAUAUUGCAGCACGGAGAGCACAAUGUUUGAUCCAUUCUGGGAUUUAAGUCUACCAUUGCCAUCAUCCAAUUCAAGGUGCAAACUCGAAAAUUGUCUUGAAAUGUUUAUCAAAGAGGAAAUACUCGACGGGAUUGAUCAACCAACAUGCUCCAAAUGCAACAGCCGGAGAAAGUGUACUAAAAGUCUAACCAUCGAACGGUUUCCUAAAUAUCUCGUCAUCCAUUUAAAACGAUUUUCGGAAACUCGAUGGAGCAAACUGACUAAUGUAAUUGAGUUUCCCUGCGGUGAGCGAGGGCUUAAUUUGCAACCAUACGCUUCUGAAGACAAUGUGGGACCAGCUUACUAUUCGCUCUAUGGAAUUUCUAAUCAUAUGGGAUCCACCGCUGGUGGUCAUUAUGUUGCCGUAUGUAAGCAUCCAAAAACCAAAGAAUGGAAUGAGUUCAAUGAUAACUUUGUCAGCGAAACAUCGGAACGCAGUUUGGUAACAUCCAGUGCCUAUGUUCUGUUCUACGAGCGUGCCUAGAAUGCGUGUUUGCUAGCAAUGGCGAGAAAAGAGAGUGAUGAUGCCAUUCAUGCAACACACAUGCAUAAACAAAAUCAUACCCAUACAAAACAAAUCCCUUUUUUCACAGGGUACACAAAGUUAAGUGGCACUGGCUUGUGCUAAAGAUCUUAACCAAACUAACCAAACACUAAAAGAACUCUUAACAAUUUAUGUUAAAAAUGCUGAGUUCUGCAAAAGAAAACUUCUCAUUACGAAUUUUCAAUGAAUAUGAAAGAGAAUUUAACAAUAUAAAGUUAACUAUUCUUCUAUGAGCACAUAGGAAAUAAUUUAUUUCAAAGAAUAGCGCGUGGUAGGGAGGUAAGAACAGUGACGUCGAUUAUAUAAACUAUAACGACCACACAACUAAAUUAUGCGCGAAAACAGUAGAAUUGAGAGAGUUCGAUUAAACAAAUGUAAAUCUUCUACUAUACUUCUAACUAUCUUGCAAAGCUGAGAGGUAACGAAUAUCAUUGAGGAAAAGUAAUAGUUAACAACUGAUUUUCUUUAUUUAUUGACCUAUACAAAACUUCAGUUUGAAUAUUUAUUUUACGAUAAUUGCUUCUAAUCAUAGGGUUGUUUGUGGAACGACAUAUUUAUUUCUUAGUUAUUUGUUUAUUUAUUUAUUUAUUUAUUUAUUUAUUUAUUUAUUUUGAAAACGGAUGAGAAGUUUAAAUUGCAAAGAACUAUUUCCGGAUUGUCUCAGCAGUUAACAGUUACGGAUUGUUUAAGCCGCUGAAAGCGGUUUGCUGUGCUUGCAAUAAAAAUGCUAGUUUUAGCGAAUAAAUAAAUGAA